ACUUAGCGACCACAUAUUGGCAUCUACAGAUGUCUUCAGAGCUGUCCUUACUGACACUGCAAAGCAUUGAUGCCAAUGAUCAGACUCGAAGCUGUAUCCAGUGUGACUACAAUGCUGUGUUCGAUACAAGGCUCGCAAAGACAUUGCUGUGCGACACAUCAAAGUCAGAAUCGCUCAAAGCCUUUCUGUCAAGUCUAUCAGAGAAGAUAACUGAAGCUUUACAUCAAUCUAAGGAGCUUUCAUCGAUAUCAGUCCUAGAACUAGGAGUAUCGUUCCUCAAUGCAUUCUUGCAGCUAAACUACACUGGGCCAUCGUUCCCUACGCACAAGCUUUUGCCCGAUCACUUGACAGCAGACAAGGAACGUCUGCAUGAUGAAGUGCUUGACUUGCUGACUGUCGACGGGGAACGUCCGUAUGCGCUUGUUCAAGCUCCGCUCUAUUUACUACUUGCAUCCCACAUCUUGCAUCACCAGGAGCUCACGGACUGCGUAUUCGUCUCCUGGUUCAGAAUGCGUGUAGAUUUUGUCCAUCAAAGAUUGCUGGACGAUACUGUUUCGACGCUACACAAUCGUAUAUUCGACAUCGAGAAGAUGGAAGCCAUCGAGAAUGCGAUUGCGAGUGUGCAAGUUGUUUCGGGUUCUCAACUAGAAGCUCGUUGGCAUUUGGAACUUGCGCACAUCUAUUCUCACUAUUCGUACGAUCAAAAAGCUUUAGCACAAGUCAAGCUGGCUCAGCGUUCAUCAAGGAUCGUAAUGCAAGUCAGUGGUGCGCUCGGCAGGCGCACUAAAUACCAAACCUUUGAUGUUUCCCAGCUUGUGGUUUUAGCGCAGUCUUCAAGCGACACAGUUGCAGCUGCUCAACACCACAAGUCAGCCCGUCCAGCACAGCUUGAUCUGAAUGACGACACCCUUUUGGAGUCCGUCUCGUUUACGAAACAGCCUCAACGUAAGACAGAGCACGAAAAUCUUCCUGAAAUUGUCAGAGACUCACAAUUACCACCCGUACUUGCGGCUCUCGAUCCUGGCAAUCAACCUUUACUGUCGACAAUUGAUCAGUGCAUACUCAUCGCUUACGCUGGAGUCAUCAAGCUCAGCGCCGCUUCAGAUGACAAGAUUGUCAUGGAGCAGGUGGCAGCCUAUGUCAACCGGGUACUUCAUUCGCCGAGCACUGAGCAAAUGAAGGACGGCAGUCAUCUAGAUUGGACGACUCACACAGCUGCACUCUUGGCAAGAACACGUAUCGAAGGUCACCGAUCGCGCACUGUUGAGCGCAGUGUACUGCAACUGCAAGUUCUUGUUGAUCAGCUUCUGGAGGACAUUGACGAAGGCUCAGCUGGCAAUGCUUCUGCCGCGAGACAAUUGCCAGAGCACGUUGGACACGAAGCGGCGCCAGUGGAUUCCAGCAAAGCAAAAGUUUCCUUCCUCCAACGAGCAGACAGAAAGGCUUCAGCCUCAGGCGCCGAACGCCUACGCCACCUCUUUACCCUCCCCAUGUCUUCUAGAUUCGAUCUCGAAGCUGAGUUGGCCGGAAAAUAUACUUCAAUUGGUCUUGUUCGAUCAGCAUUGGAGAUAUUCACGCGCAUAGAGAAUUGGGAAGCUGUUGCCAUGUGCUAUGGUGUGAUGGAGCAAGAAGGUAAGGCCGAGGCAGUCCUUCGAGAGCAAAUCGAGUCCAACAAACCUGGUCGCAACAUCCCCAAGCUCUGGUGUUUGCUUGGAGAUGUUGUUCAAUCACUCGAGUAUUGGGAGAAGAGCUGGCAGGUGUCAGGCGAGCGAUAUGCACGAGCACAACGGUCUAUUGGCAAGUACCACUUUGCCCGAAAGGAGCAUGACCUUGCAAUCAAAGCGUACAGCCUCAGCCUCAAGAUCAAUCCUCUUAAUCAUGGUGCUUGGUUCAUCUAUGGCUGCAGUGGACUCGAAACUGGUCAGUAUGAGCUUGCAGCUGAGGCAUUCACGCGCUGCGUCUCUAUCGAACAACAGGAUGGUGAAUCCUGGAACAAUUUGGCAAGUGCUUUGCUACGUGUAGCACCCAGCGCAACCUCUAAUCGUCGCCGAGAUGCUUGGACUGCGCUCAAGAUGGCGACACAAAUCAAGCACGAGAGCUGGCGGAUGUGGGAGAAUUACAUGCUUGUUUCGCUGGAUGUGGGAGAGUUUGGUGAAUGUAUCCAUGCUAUGCGACGCUGCAUUGAGUUGCGCUCCAAUGAUCGAGGAGAAGCUGCUGUCGACUUUGAAGUACUCAAGCUACUUGUGCAAGAAACCAUUCAAAUGGAACCGCCAACAAGCGCAACCUCUGAAAGUGGUCACAGUCCCGAUGCCCUGCGAGGCGUCGCGAGGAUGGUGACUGAUCUCGUGACACAAGUUGUACAGCCGUUGAUUACUUAUGACCCUCGUUUGUGGCGUCUACUUGGCAAGCUUCAGAUCUGGCGAGGCAAAUUUGCUGAAGCACUUGAGGCCAAUGAGAAGGCAUAUCGCUGCCUUGCCGGCAAGAUGGUGGAAACAGAGUACAAAGUGUUCGAGGAGGUUGUCGACGCCGCAGAUGAGCUGGUUGAUGCCUAUCGGAAUCUUGGGCCACGCGAGGGGCGCAUGGGCGGAGAGGUGGCCAGAGACUGGAAGUUCAAGGCUCGUUCAGUCGUACGCACGCUCAAGGGACGCGGCAAGAACUUCGAAGGAAGUGCAGCGUACGAGAAGCUUGAAAACAUUCUGGAAGACCUCAAGUCUGCUUGAUAAACAAUUAGCUGCAUGAUACGACUCAUAGAAAUGCUAGGGCCUCUCAAAGGCAAUGCUAAGAUAAUGUGCACUUUACACCUACAUCCACACGUCUUCACAGCCGUGAAGGAAUUUGGAAGCAGACACACUCGCUGACAACGAAUAAUCUGAUACACUGACCUUCUCGUCCACGUAAAAAUCGGCGAAGUCAUCGGCACCAUGCGCCAUAGCGCCGAUGAAGACGCAAAGCGAUUGAUCCUCCGGUAGUCUGCGCACAUAGUCGGCUACUCUGAUGGUCGGAGCGUCGUGACUGAGUGUAAUUUUGUGGCAAUUCGGUGGUAAGUGGUCUGUGAUGGGAUUCUUGAUGACCUUGAGCAGCUUUGAUGAAGACGACGAAGUCGAUCGAAUAGAGAGCUUGUGUAGCAGCU